CGUGACUCAAGAAAUGCGGGGGAUUGGAUACAUAAACCAGGAAGCGACCUCCUUCACCCCACCGCUGGAUGUGGCGUCUUCAGUUUCAGGAGGUGCAGAUGCUACGAACAACUGCACGACUCGCCGAUGUCUGGCGAAUGAGCUCGUCAACAAAAAAUUGACAACGCAGCCGCAGCGUGACAACUGCUCUGAGUACAUAUACGUGCCGUCGAUCGAGUAUCAGACCAUCAAAGUUGACACAAAGAAUCUUCGUUUAGGUUGUCGUCUACAGGCCACAAUUGAAUGGACCGACGACGACUUGUACUGGGACCCGUCCGUUUACCCGUAUAACGAGGUGAUUCUGCCCGUAAGCAAAGUCUGGAGCCCGGACAUAUUUGUGACCAAUGGCAUAUCGGCAAGCACGCACAACAGCUUCCGUGACUUGAUCGUGUUCAGCAACGGCACCUUGAGGCACAGAGUGGUGAUGGUGGCCGAGGUCAACUGUGAGUUUAACCUCUUCAACUACCCGUUCGCUGAGGACGAAUGUCCCGUGGCCAUCCAGACCUGGUCCACUCAAGGCUGCGGUACAACCAUGGAAGUUGGCAAAGUGGAGGUGUUCGACGGGACCCACGGAGACUGGGAGACGUUGGCCGCGUACCUCCACUCAUCUGAUAACAAAUAUUAUAUCUCGGUGGUGUUGAAGAUCCGGCAGCAGAACCCGUUCAUCACGCUGCUGCUGCCCAGCAUUCUGCUCAUCCUGGCCGACAUGGUGAGCUUCGCCCUGCCGCUGGGUUGCGGCGAGCGCAACUCCUUCAAGGUCACGCUGGUGCUCAGCUUCACCAUGUUCCUGCUCAUCCUCAACGACCAGCUGCCCGGCGACAGCGAGUGCGGCCCCGUGAUAAAAAACCACUUCUGCGUGUGCCUGGUGAUGCUGGUGGUGAGCAUGCUGGUGUCCAUGGUGCUCACGCGGGUGGCCAAGGAUGGAGGCCUCGUCUUCUGCUGCUCUUCCAGACGAGCAAAGACCGCAAACAAGCCAGAGGGAGCUGAUCAGGAAGUCACAGCGGACCUCAGCGCCAUCCGGCUGGACGACCCCGAGGAAAAUCGGCUGCACCGAAAGGUGACCGACUUCCUGGACGCCAUCAAAGCCAAGGAAGCGGAUUGCGAGCGCAACGAGGCGUUCGCCGACACGAUCGACAAAACCUUUUUCUGGUUCUAUUUCAUUCUGGGCACCUUGUACUUUUGCGCUAUGAUCACGGUGAUGGUGAAAUACGAAUGCAACGUCAACCACUUGGAUUUCUUGUGA